AUGGCAGGUCGACGCGCAACCGCGGGACUAAGUAGCAGUUUGUACGCUGAUUUUCUGGCUAAUAAUACGCGACUCAAUGAACCUUUAGAACCUACAACUCGAUCCUGUCACUCGCUUGAGAUUAACACACUCACACCGAGUGGAACAGCUAUUGGACUACAAACAUGCGUGCUUGCAUCGUUUUUUAAAGCUGCUGUGAAGCGUAAUGUCGAGUCAGCGUUGGUCUGUGAAAGUCAUUUCAAUUCCAUUUUAACCUCCAGUUUGCGUGUAAGUUCGUCGCGUCACUUAGCGUUGCAGGCUCAUCUUCAAGCUAGCAAGAGCUUGCGCUUUACUUUAGAGGCGCAGGAGUCUGCUACAGAGAGAGCACCAGCAUCUUUUGCACACAUUGGAGCUGAUUAUAAGGCACAGAAUUUUUUUGCUGGAGCUAAAAUUGAUGCAGUAAAUGGACCAACAUUGCAGGCGACAGUGGGAGGAAAGAUGGGCGAUUUCGCCCUUGGAGUCGUUGGGGCGUAUGACGUUGGACUGGACCACAGCGAUCGACUUGGAAGAUUUACGACGCUCAAUGUAGCUACAAGUUAUACACACGAAGAUCUACUCGCUCUGCUACAAAUUAAUGAAACUGGGCGGAUGGUGCAGCUGGACUUGACACAUACGCUGUCUGGUGCACUCAUGGCAAGCUCAAGGUUUGUUUUGGACCAGAAAACAGACAGACGAUCGCUUAGACUUUUGGGGAAGUACGCCAUUAGUGAGACCGAGGCCGUAGCGAGCUCAAUCGGCUCGGACGGCAUUUUAAUCGGAACCUAUGAGUGGCGCACAUCGAAGCAUCUAAAAACGCGCGUGACGGCGCAAAUGGACUUACGAAAUUAUGACAGUGACUCGCAUCAUCUUGGUGUGUCCAUAGAGAUCAGUUAA